AUGACGUUCAGUACCAAGUCGAGCAACAAGGUGGCUGGGGGCCAGCUGACCAAGUACGCAUUCACCUCUUCCGCGCUCGGCUCGCUCGAGACGCAGAUCAACGUGUUUGUGCCCUCGUCCGCCUCAUCCUCGCACAAAGUGCCAGUGCUCUACUACCUCUCCGGUCUCACGUGCACCGAGGACAACGCCGCUCAGAAGGGUGGCUUCUUCAACGCAGCCGAAGCCGCUCAGAUUGCGCUCGUGUUUCCGGACACUUCCCCGCGCGGCGCCGGCGUCGACGGUGAAGAUGAGAGCUACGACUUUGGCACCGGCGCUGGAUUCUACCUGAACGCAACCAAGCAGCCCUGGAACAAGUGCUACAACAUGUACAACUACAUUGUCGACGAGCUGCCCAACAAGAUCGCCUCGAGCGACCUUCCCAUCGACACGAGCCGAGCCUCGAUCUUUGGCCACUCGAUGGGCGGACAUGGAGCGCUCACACUCUACCUCAAGAACCGCUCUGCCUAUCGAAGCGCAUCUGCCUUCUCGCCCAUUUGCAACCCCACUGCCUGCCCCUGGGGCAAGAAGGCCUUCGAAGGAUACCUCGCCUCGGGCCUCGAGGAAGGCAAGCAGUACGACGCUACGCUUCUGCUCGACCAGGCAGAUGGUCAGCCCGACAUCCUCAUCGACUCGGGCACCGCAGACGACUUCUACAAGCAGGGCCAGCUCCUUCCCGAAAACUUUGAAAAGGUCGCAAAGAACAAGGGAUUCAACAACGUCAGCGUCAGGCUCCAGGAUGGAUACGACCACAGCUACUACUUUAUCUCCACCUUUGCCGAGGACCACAUCAAGUUCCACGCAAAGCUCCUCAGCGCCUGA